AUGCCAAUAAACAAAAAGGAGGUGUGCGGCAAACCCACACAGUACAACCUCCAAACAUGCGAGUACGACUGGAAGUACCUGCCGGACACACACUUUGUCAUUCAGCAAAAUGCCAAACGCAGGGGCCAGUUUUCAUUGCAGCCUAGCGCCCCCGUAAACGUGGCUUCUUAUACGCCUCGGGCACCAUCACCCCAGAAAUAUCCUCAGCGGGAGAACGUCCCGGCUGUUGCAUCCCCUUCUACGUCAUCCCCGUUAAUGUGGGUAUCGCCAGGGACCGUAACACGAGGGCCGCAACCCUCUCUCCUUCCAUGGUCGCACGACGAGCUGCGUCAGAUUGUCUACGCUAACCAGUCAGCGGCGCAGCAGUCGUACCUGUGGAGCGGAGGCUGA